CGAAUAACGAGGACACAGUGAGGCGCAGGAAUUGGCAAAGAGCAACGAGUCCUAACAUUGCUCUUUACAACCGCCACAACUCCCUCUGAUACAGGAGGAACAAGCAGUCAGCUACCUGUGCAUGAAGACCAGUCAGAGGCAGCUAUGUCUUCAGCGGUGGAUCUCAAGACCAAGGAGGAGAAGGAUGCAGAGCUGGACAGACGAAUCGAAGCUCUGAGGAAGAAAAACGAAGCUCUGGUCAAGAGGUACCAGGAAAUAGAGGAAGACAAGAAGAAGGCAGAGCAGGAGGGCAUCGCCGUGACAACGCCUCGGAAACCCCGCCCGCAUGAGCCGGAGACGGACAGGAGGAAGACAGAGAAAGAAAACUUCACCGUCACAGUCGACGUUUCUAAGCCGACAGGGGACAAGAGAGUGGUGAACGACUGGAAACCUGGGACGCCUCGUGGCCGGAAGACAUCUGAGGAGAGCGACGGCCACCGAGGAGGGCCGAACGACAGCCACAGCCCUCCCAGGAGGAUGGGGUCGGGACGAAUGGGUCGGGGAGGUCAGAGAGGUGGAGGCCGCCAGGAGAGGAGAGAAUGGGAACCUAGGACACCCAGAGAUGGAGAACAUGGGGAGUCAGGAGGACCAGGGCGCAGAGGAGGAAGGAGAGGAAGGGGAAGAGGAGGAGGAGGGGGUGGAGGAGAUGGAGGAGAUGGAGGGACACCGGUUGGAACACCAGGUGGCAUGGACAGGAAAUCCAAAGAAUGGGAGGAGAAGAGACGACAGAACAUUGAGAAAAUGAAUGAAGAGAUGGAGAGAAUAGCGGAGUAUGAAAGAGGACAGCGGCCGGAUGGAGACAAGCCAAUCCGUAACUUCCUGGAUGAUCCAAGACGUUCAGGCCCAGCACCAGACACGGACCGCAAGGAGGGGAGCAGGAGACAUGUACGAAACUGGGGAGGGUUGGACUUUGACAAUGUAAAGACAGGAGCUGAACUGGAGAAAGAGUGGACUAGCCGGAGGCCAGGUCCGAAAGGCUCUGUGGACAUGACCAUGUCCAUGACAGGCCGGGAGAGAGCAGAAUACCUGCGCUGGAAGAAGGAGCGUGAGCAGAUUGAUGAGGAGAGACUGGCACGCCAUCGAAACGCCACAGGCCAGUGGAGACGAGAGUGGGACGCACAGAAGACAGACAACAUGUUUAAGGAGGACCCAUAUGUAGCCUCAGAGGGCAUUGCACCCGAGCAUGGCAGCAGGAAAGCCCGGGGGCGUAACUCUCGUGCAGAGCCUCAGGGCAGGGCCUCAGAUGACAGUAAGCGGCCUCCUAAAGCUCCGACAUUUGGUGACUUCCUGUCCCAGGGCAGGACCCCGGGACAACGAGGGGACCGAGGUAGAGGGAAGGGCCGAGGACAGAAACAGAGCUACAGCAUGCAUGACAACCGCUGGGAAGGAGAGAAAGAAGAGGAGGACAAGACAAAGAGAGAGGAGAAGACUAAAAAGAAGGAAGAAGAAGAAAAACCCAAACCUCCCACAGUUAAGGUGGAGGCGAAGAAUGCAGAUGAUGAAGAUGAUGACGAAGAAUGGGAGGAUGCCAGUGACGGAGAAGAUGUUGAAGGCAGCGACUCAGAAAAGGACUCAAGGGGCGAUGAGAAGAAAGACACUGGGAAAGAGAAACCAGCCAAGAGCAAAGACAGCUCCCCUACAUCUCCCACGCCUCGUUCACGACCGGUGUCAGCAGGAAGCCCCAGAGAGCAGCGGACUCCCAGACCGAGGGUCCACAUUCCGCCGCCAGCAGCCGUUCAGGACCCAUCGGAGGGAGGCAAGCCCCUCAGCCCCUUCUCCCCGCUGGAAAGCCACCAGCCUGUAUCAGACUGGGGGGAGGAGAUGGAGCUGCAGUCACCCCGGAGCAGCAUGGGAGGUGAGAGCCCACCGAAACCCCCCAGUGUGGAGGCCAGCCCACCCCAGAUGAAGGAGAAGGAGCUGGAGGAGGAGACGCAGAGUCAAGCUGCCAGCUCAAAUGAAGCUGCUGAGCCACAGAAAGAGGAGGACACAGCCAUACACGUUUCCACUUCUUCAGAAAACACUGAAGCCCAGCAGACUGUGAUAGUAUCAGAACCAGAGUCCGUCCCAGCAGACUUCUCCACCGCACCGCCAUCUGACCCUGCCGCACUUGAGAGUUCUGAGGUCGGUGAGGUUGCCAUGACGAUCGACCAGGAUACACCUGCUGCUCCAUCACUAGCAGACAAACUGGACACUGCUCCCUCUUCAGCCAUCCCAGAGGCCAACCAGAGCUCCUCUGAAUCAGCUAGAGAGGAAGGUGACGACACAGUACCCACUGUGGCCGACGCGGCUCCAACAGCAGAGACAGAGGAGCCCUCAGAGCAAACGUCUUCUGAUCAGGCGUCUUCAGGCUGAAGCUGCUGGGAACCAACACACACUUCUGAGGAGGAUGGACAGAUGAGAUGGACAAAGAGCAUCACACUACUCAUCCCUGGAGUAACCGCCACACAUUGAAAUAGAAAAAAGAAGAAACCAUCAUGAGAAGGAGGAGGGACUGUGCAUCGCCGCCAUGAACCGGCCUCUCUCUUGCUGUUUGUUUUAAAUCGGUGGGUCUGACCACCUCUGGGCCGCCGCCAUGUUUGUCUCACUCUGUUAAGUAUGAAGAGUCAAAUCCCCGUCACUCACUGGUUUUCAUAAUGUUAUGUUGUCUUGAAGUUUUCUGCGCUGGAAAAAAAAAUGACCUGAGCGUGAGCUGACUUUGUACAAAAGUCCACAUGUAGAGAUUUUAUCACAGAAGAUCAUUAUAGAAAAAAAAAUCCUUUUUACACCCAGAACUUCAGUAACGAGCAAAGUUUUUGCUCUUUUAGAUUUUUGAGUUUAUGAAUUAAGCCCGUCGAGCCCUGAAUGAACUGAUCCAUCAGUGAGUUAUAAGAGGUGUUUAACAAUAACUUAUUUUACAGCACUAACUGUUGUGGGCUGAUCCAGUUUAUUUUAUUUUUUUGCCUGUUGAUAGCACCCCUGAGCCGAGCAGGGCUGUGCAACACCAAGCCCUAACUGAUCUGAUAUCAGUUUAUAAAAAGAUCUCAGAUGACCAGUUUGGAGGUUCACAUCUUUUUUAAACAUGCGGCUUGGCUGUCUCAGGAUCAGAACAGAUGUGGAUCAUGUGUUGGUUUCAUCUGGAAAAUAAUCACUUCAUCAAUGAUCACAUUAGUUCAACCUCUCAACAAUGCCAGCUUGUUGGCUAGUGCAUGUGGCGACCUUCUGUCUCGUAAACACACAAAUAUGGACUAAAUGAACACAGUGUACGGACAGAAGGCUCCACUGUCUCUUUAUCUAACGUUGAGCAUAAAUGAGCCGUCACAACAGCAGUCACUUCUGGGUGGACUAAAGGCAAUUAAUUUGAAUUGUACAGACAUGAAAUCAGCAAACUUGUUUUUUAAAGUUAUAUAGUUAAACAUGGUGGUCCAACUUAUCUAACAUUUAUAUACUGAGUUGUUGCUUUGCUGGUGUCUCCUAGAAACCAAAUCUGCCAUUACCGAACAGCAGACAUGCCCGAAACUGCCACACGUAUGUUUUCGGUUCACGUCACGAUGACAGGACUAUCACAAGUCAUGCACCAAGUAGGAAUUAAGUAGGCGGAACCAAUGUGUUUUCAUGAACAGACAGUAAACAAGCAAACCAAUGAAGAAAGGAGCGUACAGUUGAUAUAUUAUGUAUGAUAUAAAUGAUUUGAUGCUUAUAAAUGAUAAAAUAUGCACACACACACACACGUGCACACAGCAGACAGAGACAGAGCUUUACAUGUGAUUUCAAAAGAGCAGAUGAGCAGAAUCGCUCACUGACUAGCGCAGAGAAAUGUGCUUAUGAACAGUUGACAUAACAGGAUGCCUCUGCGUCUAGUGUGAACAUGGCAUAAAAGUCUGAGCAUUUCAGUCUUAUCUUAGUGAAGAAAACCAUUCUAAACAUCUUAUUGAUUAAUGCAUUUACCUAUCAAUUUGUGUAACCAACCGCUCAACCAACACACUAUUUGCCGACCAGUCUCAUAUUUCAUCUCCUCUGACUUACAUUUUAGUCUGUUUUUAAUCAACAGCGUUGCACACUGAUGUCAUCACAGUUAGUGCUGAAUGACGUUAGAGCCGUCUCAUCUUAGCUGCGGAAGAAAGUAUUGAUAACUGACAUAUUUAGUCAUAGUUUUCAUUAUCGAAAUUAACACUGUCCUCAACACCUGUGAACAGACGUUAAUAAAGCUCCAGUGUGUAGGAUUUAGGGGGAAGUAUGUCUUCUUCAGUGUAUGGUUACCUGAAAGUAACAAUCCUGCUUUUGUUACCUUAGAAUGAGCCGUUUAUAUCUACAUAAGGGAGCAGGUCCUCGUCUGUGGAGAUCGCCAUGUUGCACCACCAUGUUUCUAGAGUAGCCCAGAAUGGACAAACCGAACACCAGGCCAUUUCACACAGAUCGCGCUAUAGAGCUGCUACGAAGUCCCUUCUUUAUGUGACAUUUGCAUUUUUACACAGAACGGUGACAUCAUGCCGCUCUAGUGUGUGAUUGUAGACAGCAAGCCAGCAUCACGGAAGCAAAAGUGGCACGAGGCGUGACUUGUAACACAACAGCGUUGGCCUCUAGUGUGACUUUAUAAACAAUAACAAUGGCAUAACAUGCCAAUAACAAUCAUUUACUGUCCCUGUUAUCUGGCAGAUGACCUCGUCCUCUGUUCAGGGGUAAGGAGCUCCCAGACUUCAUUAUUUUCCCAAUUUUCAGACAUUUUCGGUCAUUGCUCUUUUUUUUUUCUUUUUUUUUUUUUUGAGUACGCUGUUAACUGCUAUCAGCUACUACUUAAAUCUCCCACAGUGGGUCGCAUGCAUAACAUGACGUCCAGACAUCACACCCGUCCUGCCCAUGAUCCCAUCCUGCUGCCUGUUGUGUUUAAACAGACAUUUUUUUGGCGUUGUUACCACCUCUGUGUCCCAUUCCGCAAUCACACCUUUUACACAGGAAUAUGUGGAAUAACUCUGUGAAGUACCCACUUUAUAGAGGCAGUGUAAAAGGGGCUGCUGGCUCUAGAAAGGAUCAUGGGUGUUAGAAGCCUAUCUGCGAGGAGCAGCGUCAGAAUUUGUCGAUUUGUUUUGGAGAGGAAGAGACCUCUGUGAUAAUUCGUCUCCCAGUAAAAACCUCCUGAACAAUCAACACAUAAGAAAUUCUAAUAAGGAGAAGUUUCAGCUGGUUGCAAUCUGCAGUCCUCACUGCUAGAUUCCACUUAAUCCCCCUAAAUCUUACACACUGAGCCUUAAAUUAAUAUAAAGUAGCCAGUUUUUGCCUGUUGGCUGAUUAGCUAGCUUACAAGCUCCAGUGUUAGAGACUCAAACAAGACUGUUAGUGUGAGCUGCAUUUGGAAACAAAGCUACAUGUUCAGACUUCAUGUUAACCUCCACCCUCUAAACACUCACACUGUGAACUCUAUCACUUUUAUGCAAACAUUGUCUGCACAGUCUUUUCCAGAGUUGCUCUCUUUGUUUUAUUGCAACUUUAAAGCUUCUGCUGUGAGUGAUUGUGGUGUCCAAUUUAUGCCUGUUCACCAUCUCCAUAAUAUCCAUUAGUGUUCAUCAUGUAGAGAUGGGUCUCCACCCCCCAGCCUGCUCUGCUCUUUGGGUUUAUUUUGUGGUUUUUAAUGACUUAGCUGGUAUAUGUACAGUACUUUUUUUUUUUUUCAUCAGACCCACUGACUACACACCGAAGAUCUCUCAGAAUAGGAACCUUCAGCCCAACAUGUUUACAUGAGCUUCACUGCAUGUAGAUGAUGAUGUAUUAAGUGUGAUUUAUUAUAUGCUUUUCAUCAGAGCCGGCUGUGCAGACCUGCUGUUAUGCAGUUAUCAGACAUUCAGUUCUUUGGCUGAUGCUCUCCCCAGAUAAACUUCUAGGAUCAGGUGUGUUGCUUGAGGGCACUUUGAAAGAAAACACCAUGUGACCUCCUCCUCCUCUAAAAUCUAUCAAAAUACCAAUGAUGUACUCAGAGGCGGCGGUCCGUUUGCUGUUUUUAAUUAUGUCAUUCUGUGUCACAAUCAGACAACAUUUGAUAUUUCCACUGAUGCAGACUUUGCUGUCAUUUUGUGAAUUAUCAGUUGGACAGAGAAAUCUGUUCAUAUCCGUCUGGUAAGAGUUCCCCCCUCUCUCCUUAGAGGACACACUGCCUCUUUUAAUUGUUUUUAAAAAUCCAAUAUGGCUUCAUGGUUUGAAAAAAACAACCUGUGUUAUUGGCUUUACAUUAAAUAUAUAUUUUUAAACAGCCAUGUAUCUUAUUUGGAAAUACAGACUUGUGUUGAAUUACAGCGCAGUAAUGUGAAUGACUUCUUGAGUAAAGACCAGUUAACUCUGGAAAUGAAAGUCUUCACUCAUACCUCAGCAGAUCAAGGGCUUUUAGUUUGCUUUGUUUUGUGCUUUGUUUUCUGCAAAGUCUUUAAAUCAUGCCUGUGGUCGCCUGUGGCGUUUGAGGACACUGGGAUAAAUGGGUUGCUUUAAUCUUUUUGUGUUCUGUAUCAGAGGAAUAAAAAUGAUGCAUUUGGAUUGAAAGGAACUGCAAUAUGUACAGCUUUUAAAUGGAAAUGAACAUUCCACAGUUGGGUGUUUGUGCAACAUGUAGCCUGUGAGCGAUGAAAACGUUUUGUUUUUUUUUUUGUUGUUUGUGUUUUUUGAUUACGUGUAGAUGUUUGUUUUUCUGAGCUUCGAUGACUGAUUGUAACUAAGGCAGGAGAUGCUUCAAUGUAUAUCCAUUUCUACAAUGUCUUCCUGUUUGAUACAUGAAAUCGCUCUGAGAACUAACAAGGUUUGGUCUUUUUCAACACGUUCUCAUCCCAACUCAUCAAAUACUGCCGCCCUGUCAGUGGACCUAAACAUCUGAAUAUGGCGUGCUAGGUACCCUACUGCGUUUGUUUUGAAUGUUCAUAGAGGGCGUCUCAAUUGACGUUUGUUACAUGCAUCAACUCUUUUUAAAAUAAACUUCAGUUUUCAUGGGAAGUGUACAGCUCGUCACAGGCAUAUAGUCUUCAUCAGAAUAAAUUUACAGCGUAGGUAAAACAUUUUGAUUUUAGGUUAAUUUCCUAAAGGCCCAGAUACACCAAACCAACAUCAAAGACCCAGCAGUGAUGAAAGCUGACUGUUGGGUCACCUCACAUCGCCUGUGUCUCAUCAAAAGUUGCCAACCAGCACAUAAGUUCUGCACCUGCAUUAGAGGAGAUAACUUACCUAGCAGGCGUCGGUAGCCUGUAUUCAACACAAUCCAAUGUUAAAUGAGCAGAGCAUAAUUACCGUGCACCAGUGAAAUAUAACACCGACCACAACGAAAUGUUUGUGCUGAAGAGCUCAAUGGCUAAAGAAAAAUAAUCUCACAUUAUGUAACAAGUUUUGUUUUGUUUUGGUCUCACUCCCUCCUGACUUUAGUUCUUUGUUUACUUUCCUCACUUCCCGUGCACUGAGCCGAACUGCCAAACAGUGCAAUUUUAUUCACCGUUGGGGUCUGCCAUCUCAGACGUCGAUUCAACAUGCUGAAUCAGCAAAAAAAAAAAGCGACGAAAAGAUGACUGACGGCUUGGUAUGUCAAAGCCUUUAUGUUUAGGCAACCAGAACACUUGGUUAGUUUUAGAAAAAAAAACAUGUCAUGGUUUGGCCUAAAAUAAGUGUGUGUCUUACUAACGUGAUGGCACCUGAUGUGACAUAUAUUACCCGUGUAGUGUGCUACACAUAUUAUCACACUACCUUGUCAUCAAAAUAACUCCACUGACUUCUGGUUUCACACAGGAAACAAACAGUGGACUCCCGGGUGAAAGUCCUUUGUUUGUUUGACCCACCUCUCCUCCCGGCUACCUCAUAUGGACUUUCUCUUUGUUCAUAUUGCGGUACUAACCGGCAGCGUCAGAAAUAGCUGCCCCGGUACCAUACCGCUGCAAAAGGUGCCUAUGUGCGUCGAUAUCUGACGCAGAGAUCACUGACACAAUGGCAGUAUUUGACAAGUUGGGAGAGAGAACAGUCUGUGUUUUUGGAGUGGAAGUGUGCAGCUGUUUUCAUUAAGAUUAUCAGGACUAGCAUGAAUCCAAAAUUGUAGCUUUUUAAUGUUGUCAAAGCCAUCAAUGAAAUACGUGUUCCCCAUCAGCUCACAGGGAAAAACAGCCCUGAUGUUUGUAAAGCACACUGUUGCUUUAUCAGUUUUUUGUUUCUCUCAUUUAGCCAAUAAAUGUUUUUCUCUGA